AUGACUGACUCCUGGUGUGAACUGAUCUGGACUCAGCAGGAUCGGCAGGGUCUCCUCCACAUGUUAGCACAGCUAUUACUGGACAAAGAAUGUACUUUACUGAUUGGCCGUCAAUUUCGACCAAUCUUACUAGAUUUGCUGGAGCGAAAUGCAGAAGCCAUUAAAACUGGCGGCCAGUUCAACCAUGAUCUGCAUGAAAGACUUUGUGUAGCCAUGAGCAAACUUAUUGUUGUCCAUCCCGAUGUACUGCCAUUUGCUUUAAGGUAUUUUAAGGAUACUGCCCCAGUGUUUCAAAGGCUCUUCCUGGAGAGUUCAGAUACAAACACAGUCCGCUAUGGGCGCAGGCGAAUGAAGUUACGGGAUCUCAUGGAGGCAGCCUACAGAUUCCUGCACCAACAGCCAUCAGUAUUUCGGGAGCUGUGGGACUGGGGUGCAUGUGUUCCAUUGCUAAGGAGUCAUGAUACUGUGGUCCGCUGGUACACUUCAAAUUGCCUUGCUUUGGUUACAUGCAUGAAUGAUGAGCACAGAUUAUCUUUUCUUAAGAAGAUCUUCAAUCCGGAAGAGUUGAUACAUUUCAGGCUAAAGCUACUGGAAGAAUCACAGAUGCAGAAUGUGGAGAGAGCCCUUGUUUUGGCAAAUUCAGAGACCACCCUUUGGCACAAAGAGAAUGAGCUGCAGUACACUCAAGGAGAGAUUGUCUCGUGUGAUCUCUCUGCAAAUGUAGUAGCGAUAUGUGGAGUUGUGUUACCCAGGCUGCAACUCGUGUCCAAAGAACAGGAAAGCAACAUUAACCGGUUUGUGAUGGUUGAGUCUACCUGCACAAAUCUUCAAGCCCUUGCUAUAGCAGUAGCUUUCCAGAAUCCUGUGUUGUUGGAAGGACCAAUAGGAAGUGGCAAAACUUCUUUAGUUGAAUAUUUGGCAGCCGUUACAGGAAGAAUAAAGCCUCCUCAUAUUCUUAAAGUCCAGCUUGGUGAUCAGACUGACAGUAAGACGUUACUUGGUAUGUAUCGUUGUACAGAUGUGCCAGGGGAGUUUGUGUGGCAGCCAGGUACCUUGACACAAGCUGUCACAAAAGGACAUUGGAUACUUCUGGAAGAUAUCGACUAUGCCCCUCUGGAUGUGAUCUCUGUGCUGAUUCCUUUGUUGGAAAAGGGAAAACUGCUGAUUCCUGGUCGUGGUGACUGUUUAAAAGUUGCUCCUGGAUUCCAGUUCUUUGCAACCAGGAGAGUCUUCAGUUGUGCUGGGGGUUGGUACCGACAACAAAAUAGCCAUGCUGCUCUUCUGGAUAAAUAUUGGACCAAAAUUCGCCUGAAUAACAUGAGUAAAGCAGAACUAAAGGAGGUUCUUCAGGGCAGAUACCCUAAUCUUGCUGUUGUAUCCAGUCGUCUGUUAGACAUUUAUAUUCAGCUGACCGGAGACAAACAUCAGACAUCAGAAAGCAGUUCUUCUGGUUCCAAGCAAAUAGCAGAAGAUCUAUCCGAAACAAGAACAGAAAACAAAGGGCCAAGUCUAGAGGGUCGAGAACUAUCUCUGAGAGAUUUAUUGAAUUGGUGCAGUAGAAUUGCUUACAACUUUGACAGCUCUUCUUCAACCACAACAGUGAAUGUUUUCCAAGAGGCAAUGGAUUGUUUCACAGCUAUGCUGUCCAACCCAGGGAGCAGACAGAAAAUGGCGGAAAUUAUUGGAAGCAAACUAAAUAUUUCCAAAAAAAAGGCUGAGUACUACUGUCGUCUUCAUAAACCAGAAAUUCUAAUAAGGGAGCAGGAAGCGUCUGUGGGAAGAGUGUGGCUGAAGCGGAAACAAAGCCAGGCACUUCUUGUACAAAGGGAGAAGCAAACCUUUGCUGCCACACGGCCGUCUUCAGUACUCAUUGAGCAGCUUGCUGUUUGUGUUGACAAGGGAGAACCUGUGCUGUUGGUGGGUGAAACAGGAACUGGCAAAACCUCAACUGUACAAUAUCUUGCUCAUGUCACAGGGCACCAUUUGAGGGUUAUUAAUAUGAACCAACAGAGUGACACUGCAGAUCUGCUUGGGGGCUACAAGCCAGUGGAUAAUAGACUGAUAUGGUUACCCUUACGGGAGUCAUUUGAAGAACUUUUCUGUCAGACAUUUUCCAGGAAGAAAAAUCAGACUUUCUUGGGGCAUAUUCAGACUUGCUACAGACAGAAACGUUGGCAUGAUCUACUCAGACUAAUGCAGCACAUUCACAAAUCUGCCAUUAGUAAGGAAGCAAAAGAAAAUGCAUCUGGCUCGCUACUGAAAGAGAAGUGGGAUGAAUUUGGUCUUAAAUUGAAUCAUGCCCAUCAACAGAUGAAAAUGACAGAAAAUGCUCUAUUAUUUGCUUUUGUAGAGGGCACUCUGGCACAAGCAGUAAAGAAAGGAGAGUGGAUUUUACUGGAUGAGAUUAACUUGGCUGCAGCAGAGACUUUAGAAUGCCUGAGUGGCUUACUGGAAGGAUCAUCUGGCUCACUGGUACUGCUAGACAGAGGAGACACAGAGCCCCUGGUGCGCCAUGCUGAUUUCCGUUUGUUUGCCUGCAUGAAUCCAGCUACUGAUGUUGGGAAGCGAAAUCUACCUCCAGGAAUAAGAAACAGGUUUACUGAACUUUAUGUGGAAGAACUACAAAAUGAAGUAGACUUACAGAUUCUUAUCACAGACUACUUGAGAGGCUUGAAUGUGAGCAAAAAUAUUGUACAAGGAAUUGUGAAUUUCUAUUUAUCUGUGAGGAAAGAGGCACAAACAAAACUGGUGGAUGGGACUGGCCGUAGACCACACUACAGCCUUCGCACACUUUGUAGGGCUUUAAGAUUUGCAGCAUCAAAUCCAUGUAACAGCAUUCAGCGUUCACUGUAUGAGGGUUUUUGUUUGAGCUUCCUGACACAGCUUGACAGAAUUUCUCACCCAGUAGUUCAGAAGCUAAUUUGUCAACAUAUGGUCUCAGGCAACAUCAAAAGCCUCCUUAAGCAGCCAAUACCAGAACCCAGAGGAGGAAGAUUUAUACAAAUAGAAGGAUACUGGAUUUCUAUGGGGGAUAAGGAACCUACCAUAGAUGACACUUACGUACUAACGCCAUCUGUUAAACUUAAUCUGAAAGAUAUUGUCAGAGUUGUGUCUGCAGGGACUCACCCAUUGCUGAUUCAAGGAGAGACCUCAGUUGGUAAGACCAGUUUAAUUCGCUGGUUGGCUGCUGCUUGUGGGAACCACUGCGUGAGAAUUAACAAUCAUGAGCAUACUGAUAUCCAGGAGUAUAUUGGCUGUUAUACAUCAGACACUAAUGGGAAGCUGAUUUUUAAGGAAGGUGUCCUCAUUGAUGCAAUGAGAAAAGGCUACUGGAUUAUCCUAGAUGAGCUGAAUUUGGCUCCCACAGAUGUUCUAGAGGCACUCAACAGACUGUUAGAUGAUAAUCGAGAGCUGUUUAUAACAGAGACACAAGAACUUGUCAAGGCACACCCUCGAUUCAUGCUCUUUGCUACACAGAAUCCUCCAGGACUCUAUGGGGGCAGGAAGGUGUUGUCUAGAGCCUUCAGGAAUCGUUUUGUGGAGCUUCAUUUUGAUGAACUUCCAAGUGGUGAACUGGAAACCAUCCUGCACAAGCGAUGCAGUCUGCCACCUUCUUACUGCAGUAAACUUGUCAAAGUCAUGCUAGAUCUACAGUCUUAUCGCAGAGGGUCAACAGUGUUUGCUGGGAAGCAUGGCUACAUUACUCUUCGGGACUUGUUUCGUUGGGCUGAAAGAUACAGAAUGGCAGAACAGACAGAGAAGGAUUAUGACUGGCUUCAACAUCUGGCAAAUGAUGGUUUUAUGCUUCUGGCAGGCAGAGUCAGGAAACAGGAGGAGGCAGAUGUUAUUCAAAGUGUUCUUGAAAAACAUUUUAAGAAGAAAUUGUAUCCCUACUCUCUCUUCUCAGAGGAAAGUGUUAGGAAGCUAUUAGCUAAAUCAUCUACACAGAUGUCUCUGGUUAGGGAGUUUGGCCAUAUUGUCUGGACUCAAGGGAUGAGGAGGCUUGCGGUUCUGGUGGGGCGAGCCCUGGAGUUUGGUGAACCAGUUCUUCUGGUGGGAGAAACUGGAUGUGGUAAAACUACUAUUUGCCAGAUAUUUGCAGCAUUAGCAAAUCAGAAGUUAUACUCUGUGAACUGCCACUUGCAUAUGGAAACAUCAGACUUCCUGGGGGGACUACGGCCGGUCAGGCAGAGGUCAAAUGACAAGGAGGAACCUGGCAGUUCUAGGCUCUUUGAGUGGCAUGAUGGACCUCUUGUAUUGGCAAUGAGGGAAGAUGGAUUUUUCCUCCUUGAUGAGAUUUCUUUAGCGGAUGAUUCUGUCUUGGAGAGACUUAACAGUGUUCUUGAAGCUGAAAAGACAUUGGUGCUUGCUGAGAAAGGUAGUCAAGAAGACGAGGAUAAUGAAGUAGAGCUACUGGCUGCAGGAAAGAAAUUUCGUAUCCUGGCAACAAUGAAUCCAGGUGGUGACUUUGGGAAAAAAGAGCUUUCUCCUGCACUGCGCAACAGAUUUACAGAGAUAUGGUGUCCACAGAGCAACAGUCGUGAUGAUUUAAUACAGAUCGUAAAGCACAAUCUUCAACCAGGACUUUCUCUGCAUAGAAUAAACCAGCAAAAGGCAGACAUAGCUGAGCUCAUGAUGGACUUCAUUGAAUGGCUGACUAACCAAGAAUUUGGCCGCCAGUUUAUUCUCAGUGUACGGGAUGUCUUAUCAUGGGUUAACUUCAUGAAUGUCAUGGUAGAAGAUGGAGUGUCAGAAUUGUCUGAGGAGUACAUUUCCCCAGCGAUAUCUUUUGUCCAUGCUGCAUGCUUGGUGUAUAUUGAUGCCGUUGGUUCAGGUAUAUCCUGCUCAGCUCAUACUGCCUUGUCAGCACGUGAAAAGUGUCUGAAAUUUUUACAUCAGAAGCUUUGCAGAGUUGUUGAGCUUACAGAACAUCAGAAGAAUGAGCUGAGGAUUUAUGACAGAAUGAAGGAGAAGGAAUUUAUAUGGACUGAUAAUUCUGUAGGAAUACAUCCAUUUUUCAUACCAAGAGGCCCUGGCCUUCAGAGGAACAGUGUAACAGAUUACGCUCUAAAUGCAGGAACUACAGCAAUGAAUGCACAACGGGUGUUAAGAGCCUUGCAGCUAAACAAACCUAUUCUCCUGGAGGGGUCACCAGGUGUGGGGAAGACCAGUCUAGUAGCAGCAUUGGCAAAUGCUUCAGGAAAUUGCCUUGCUCGAAUCAACCUGUCUGAACAAACGGACAUAACAGACUUGUUUGGCACAGAUUUGCCUGUAGAAGGUGGAAAGGGAGGAGAAUUUGCCUGGCGGGAUGGGCCUCUGCUUGCAGCAUUAAAGGCCGGACACUGGAUUGUGCUAGAUGAGCUGAAUCUGGCUUCCCAGUCUGUAUUAGAAGGACUGAACGCCUGCUUUGACCAUCGGGCAGAGAUUUACAUCCCAGAAUUGGGGAUGAGUUUUCAUGUGCAACAUAAGAAGACAAAGAUCUUUGGAUGCCAGAAUCCAUACCACCAGGGGGGUGGACGAAAGGGUUUGCCCAAAUCUUUCCUCAAUAGAUUUACGCAGGUAUAUGUUGAUCCACUUUCAGCUGCAGAUAUGGAGUUCAUUGGGAACACUCUGUUUCCUGCCAUUGACAAAAAUGUCAUUGCUAAAAUGGUUGCCUUCAAUAACAAGAUUGAUCAAGAAGUCAUGGUUGAAAAAAAAUGGGGACAAAAAGGAGGACCCUGGGAAUUUAACUUGCGUGAUCUUUUCCGCUGGUGUCAGUUGAUGCUUGUCGAUCAGUCACCCGGCUGUUACAGUCCAGCCCAACAUGUAUUUUUGGUUUACGGUGAAAGAGUGAGAACCAAAGAGGACAAAGAGAAGGUCAUUUCCAUAUUCAAGGAAACUUUUGGCCACAAUUCUAGUCCAUAUGUGGGGACCAGACAGUUUCACAUUACUCCUUAUAAUGUUCAGAUUGGGUAUUCAGUUCUGUCCCGUGGCAACUCUGUUCCUCACCCUGGCAGAAAUCUAUCACUUCUUCAUCAUUCUCUGCAGUCCCUUGAAUCCAUAAUGAAAUGUGUACAUAUGAGCUGGAUGGUAAUAUUGGUAGGUCCUGCAGCUGUCGGCAAGACCAGUCUCGUUGAACUUCUGGCCCACCUGACAGGUCAUCGACUAAAAAUUAUGGCAAUGAACAGUGCUAUGGAUACAACUGAACUCUUAGGUGCAUUUGAGCAGGUUGAUCUCAUUCGGCCAUGGCAAUCCCUACUCGAGAAAAUGGAGAGUACUGUGAGUACACUAAUAAGGGAUAGUCUGCUGCUUGCUGACAUCUGUGCAGAUGAUGCUGAAGUUGUGCUGCGAGCUUGGAGCAGCUUCGUCCUCAACUUCAAACCCAAAUCCUUGGGUGAUGGGAAUAAAAAUAUAACAACUGAAGUAGUGAGCAAACUAGAGGGAAUAUUAUCACUUAUCCAGCGACUAAACAAUAAAAUAAACUCUUACUCCAAGGCAGAAUUUUCACGACUGAUGGAAGAAUUUUGGCAUUUCAAGCUGCAGCAUGUUCAGUCUGUGGAUGGUCAGAGUCAUGGCACUUUUGAGUGGGUUGAUGGAAUGUUGGUUCAGGCCUUGCGGUCCGGUGACUGGCUUUUAAUGGACAAUGUUAACUUUUGCAAUCCUUCAGUCCUGGACCGCUUAAAUGCUUUGCUUGAACCUGGAGGAAUCCUUACCAUGAGUGAGAGAGGUGUGAUAGAUGGCUCCACCCCUACAAUAGCUCCUCAUCCCAACUUCAGGCUUUUCCUUUCAAUGGAUCCUAUUCAUGGGGAAAUAUCCAGAGCCAUGAGGAAUCGUGGGAUAGAGAUUUACAUUCCAGGGGAGAGUGAUUGGAAUGUAUUGGAUCAGCUGGACCUGAAGUUGUUGUUGCAUGAAUUGGGCUUAGUGGGAGAUAGCAUCUGUGAUGCACUUCUGACAGUUCAUUCAGAAACUAAAGAGAUGAUAGCAGGUUCUGCAUUGUCUUUGUCAUCAUUGCUGCAUGCUGCUACAUUAAUUGCACAACAGUUGCAUCGAGGCAUUGGGUUAGCAAAGGCUUUCUACAGAGCAUGUUGGGAUGUUUAUGUCGGCUCACAACAAUCACAGAUGAAUCAAAAGCUUGUGCUGGAAUUGGUAAGGAAGCAUGUUUCAGCUCUGUCUUCGCAUGAGACUUGGGGUGAUUCCCUGCUCACAGUGGGCCUGUGGCCAGACUCUCUACCUACAGGUCUCUUUGCAGUUGAAGACUCUCUUCUUUCUACAGUCCAGAGCGAUGGGCAGGUCCUAGCCUACUGUCUGAAUAGAUUGAACCUGAAAAACACCAGAGCACUGCCCCUUACUCUGGAAGAUUUGCAGAAGGUUAUGCAGUCCACCAAUUCUGAGAGUCUCAAAUUCGGUGCUGUUGAGAUGGAUGCAUGCUGGCUGGAUGAAAUUGAGGUCCUUUCUGCUUCUGUUAAAUUGUUCAUAGAAAAGGCAACUAAUCAGGAUUGGAUGUUGAGAGUUAGGUGGCUUAAUCACCUAACAAAAAAUCUACCGCAAGUGCUUGAUUCAGUGUGCACACAACUGGAAGCUGGAGCUGCAUCUCUGACCAGUUUCUACUCCAGUUCCCUCUCUGCUGGAAUCAGUAAUGUGAUCAAGUUGUUACAGCCAAGUAUGACAGAUGAACAUGUGAUGCCCUUGGAUCCAAGAUGGAAUAUGCAAUUAUUGGAUAUUGUUAGAAAUUCAUUGAACUUUGAUACUGAAGUGGAACACACAGAUCAACUGUUUCUCCUUUUGCAGUCCAUAGCAAACCGGGCAGUAUUGUUUCUCAACCGAGAAGAAAGGAGCUACAUUGAAAAGAACUUGAUUGCUAGCAAGAAGACAAGAACCAGUGCUUUAAGAAUGUCUCUGGAUUUCCAUAAAGAACCAGGGAGUUAUAGUUCACUUCCACAUGCUAUUGUGGCCAGCCUUGCUGCUUUCUUCGAACUUUGGGAUGCCUUCAUGUUGCACUGGGUGAAGUCUUCACAGGUGACAUUAACCGAUGAAGAUGUGCAUGAUGUCCUGUGCAGCUUGCAGUGGCGUGACCGGUUCUGGGCAGCAUCUGACACUCUGAUGGUGGAUUCUGCUGGCUUGGCACUCCUCUCAUUGCACUGGCACUGGGUUAGGAAGCAUUUAAUCGACAGAAUUCCUCAGAUGCUGAUUGGAUUGGAGCAACACAAGUUUUCCAGGGAAAUUCAGUCUGUUGCACAGCAGAUUCAGAGUUGCUUGAGUAAUCCUGCUGGUAUCUCUGGCAAUGUAAAGAAGCUACAGAAGUCUUUGGGAAGGCCUCUUCCUUUCAAGAAUAAGCUGGUGGUAGAGUCUUUUGCUCAGUUAAAAGUCCUCAGUAAACAACUCAGUGUCCUGGAUCAGAGAGCUGCCUUUGGCAAAAGUAGAUGGAAGGAAGAAAUCUGUUGUCUGAAAAUUGCUGCUACUGGAUGGAAGAUGAAGAAAGCACUGCUGCAGGCUCAGGGCCUGAUUCUCAGAGCUAAUCAUGUAGAAGAUGUUAAUCCAGGUGAAUUAAGGGAUUUUGUGGACUUGCAGUAUUCGCAGCUAAAAGCAGAAGGAAUUAAGCUGGGUCCUACAGAAGAGAUGCUUACUGAAGAGGUCCUUUCUACACACUCAGACCGUGACUUACUAACCCAGCUCUGUAGCAGAGUUCAGCUGUGGCCUACAAUGGAGCAUUUGGCACUGCUGUGGCAGUACAAGUUGACAGCAGACUGUAUAAAUACAGCUUGUCUCACAAGGGAGAAUUUCAAUGAACAGAGAAACUUGCGUUCAGAGCUAGGUCAGUACAUAGCUUUUUCCCUUAAACUGACACCAGCUGCAUCUCAUCGUCUCUAUGGACUAUGGCAUUUGCUACAUCUCGAUAAGAUAUCCCUUGAGGAAAUGUCUCUUCUGUGGUCAGAACUGGUUAAUGCUGCAUUAGCAUCCUUCUGGAGCAGCACAGUAACUACAGAUCCAGAGUACUGGUUCACCUGGACACUCUCGCCUGAUGCAGAGGAAAGGAAAUUUCCUAACUCUCUUAUGGACCGUUCUGUGAAGGGCCCAGGUAUUUUGAACCGAGCUGUUUUCUCAAAGUGCCUCUUUGAAAUUCUAACUAGCAGCAGCAAAACGAGCCAGUGGGAUGCAAGUGGUCUCCCUGUUCUUUCAUCAUCCCAUGUAACACUGGGAGAAUGGAAGGAGAGGGCACAACAGCUUUGUGAAAUCAGCACAGCUCUGUGGACCAAUAUGGCUGUUUCUUCUGUGGCAGAAUUUAGGCAUACAGAUUUCAGAUUGCAGGGUAUAAUGUUGUGCAGACAGCUCUCCGCUCUGAAAGAUUUGAUUUCCAUAGAUCUGCAAGAGGAAUAUUCACAAUGCUGUAAUAAACUCCCCUCCAUGGACCCUGUGGCUUUUGAGUACGUUCUCAAAGUACUUAAGGACAUAAGUGGACAGGAAUUAUUGCCAAAAGACACCCUCUUUCUCUUACUAACCUGCUUACAGCAGUUCUUUGGAGAAGAAGGGAUUCAGGACCUAUCAGAGACAGCUCAGCGAGGUUGCCUCUGGGUGAAUAUGGGUUUGCUACAGAUCCAGAUGUGGCUUCCACAAACUAGGUUUGAUCCUGCAGUGAAAAGAGAAUGCAAACUCAAGUAUGCCAAAGAUGAGUUAAAACGUCUGCAGUGCGAAUGGAGGACACGUAAUCUGUCAUCCCAGUUACAUACAGGAAAAAGUAUUGAAGAUGAAGCAAUUGGCAAAUACGUUCAUCCUCAUCUUGGACUGUUGCAAGAAAGAAUACAAAAGUUGAAGGAACAAGUAAGCAUUCUUUCCAGAAAGCAAGCCUACAGGCCCCCAGUCCCUCCGUAUGACUGCUUGUACCAGGAGGUUCACCAAUAUAUGGCAAGCAUUGCCCAGAUUUCUGCAGUCCAAGAUCUCCUAGCCCGCCUUCUACAGUUUCUCCGUGGAGAAAGGCCCAAGUUGCUCCAGGCAGGCCAAAACCUGCUAAAUGAAGAAGCUUCUUGGCAGCAGUCACACCAUAAAUUUAGGAGACAUUUGGCGGAUGAAUAUGCUUUGUACCCUGAUGCUGUCACCCCACUGCAGGCUGCCAUUUUACAGAUGCAGCAUGGCAUGAGACUGGUGGCUUCUGAAGUUUAUACAGCACUCAACAGUUUUGUCCACCCAGCCAGCUUUGACAGCCUUGUCACCUCAUUAUUGACAUUUCCUUCUGUGGGCCCCAGCUUCCCCACUUACCUUUCACAUGCAGAAACUUUAUGCUCAGUGAACUCUGUGGAGGUUCUUCAUGGCCUUAAGUUUUCCCUGAAACACUCUGAAGGAGAGCCUAAGAGCAUGCAGAGGUUGUGUCCAACUCUGGAAGAACUGCUAGUGAAUGCAUUAUUGUAUCUUCGCUGCCAUGCAUUGUCUAAGGGAGAACUGGACCAGAAAUCUCUGCAGCUUUUUAGGCAUCUGUGCCAGGCUAUUAUAAAUGAAUGGGAUGAACAGCAGCGUCGUGCCCAGGAGCAGGAGGCACUGGAAAACAGUUUAUACAGAUACAGGAGCAAGAGCUAUGGAACAGGUCAGAGUGAGGAGGAAGAGGAGGAGAGAGAAUUUAGGAGGAGGUUUCCACUACAUGAAAAGGACUUUCAAGAUAUCAUAGCUGAGCCAAGUCUAGAAGAAAAAAUGGAAACUGAAGAUGAGUCAGAGGACCUAGCAGCCACUGAAAUAACUUUCAUAUCUCAGAGUUCAAUGAAGACAGUGAUUAUGGUCCAUCAGCAAUUGUGCCUAAACUUUGCACGGUCCCUUUGGUAUCAACAGACCCUGCCCUCACAUCAGGCUAAGCAUUAUUUCAGUACAUUUCUUUCCUGCUAUCAGACUGGUGCUUCCUUGGUGACACGCUUUUAUCCCUUAAUUGGUGCUGAAAUGAAUGAUUGCCUUCUUGGAAGUCAGCUUUUAGCUAGCACACUUCUCCACAAUACCCUUUUUGCGGGAGUCACUUCAGAUCUGGUCCUACAUCAAGAUGGCCCGUAUGAUUUUUACCAGUAUCCUAAUAUUCAGCAGGUUAGACAGUGCCAGCCUGUGCUUGAUAAUUUUGCUAAAGAAGUAAACAAGUUACUGCAAGAAUGGCCUGAACACCCUGCACUUGUGCAGUUAAUUGUUGUGAUGGACAGAAUCCGUAGUUUCCCAUUGUCUAGUCCUCUCUCAAAGUUUCUGAAUGGCUUAGAGAUUCUGCUUGCAAAGUCACAGGACUGGGAGAACAAUGCCAGUCGAGCUUUAUCUUUGCGGAAACACCUUGAUUUGGUCACUCAGCUGAUUAUCCAGUGGCGUAAAUUGGAGUUAAACUGCUGGUCAGUUAGUCUUGACAAUGUUAUGAAGCGGCACUCAGAAAAAUCCACAAGGCACUGGUUCUCAAUCUAUCAGAUGAUUGAGAAAUACACGCAGGAGCAGACUCAGGUGAACACAGAAGAAACCAGUGAGCCAUUGAAUUUAAGAGCACUGAUCAACACUCUUCAGGCUUUCAUUGAAGGAUCCACUUUGGGGGAGUUUCAUUCACGACUUCAGGCUCUCCUGGUUUUCCACUGCCAUGUCUUGUUAAUGCCUCAGGUGGAAGGAAAGGAUGCACUGUGCAGUGUAUUGUGGAAUCUGUACAAUUAUUAUAAGCAGUUCUCAGAAGUUGUGCAGGCCCGGAUCUCUGAACUUCGUCAGCCAAUAGAAAAAGAGCUUAAGGGAUUUGUGAAAAUUUCUAAGUGGAAUGAUGUCAGCUUCUGGGCUAUAAAACAGUCUGUAGAGAAGACACACAGGACCCUCUUUAAAUUCAUGAAGAAGUUUGAAGCUGUUCUGGAUGAGCCCUGUCAAGCUGCACUGGUAGAGAGCAACAAGGAAGAGCAGCUAGAUUGCUUGCAGAAGCAGGAAGAGUUUGGGAACAAUGAGAGUCAAAUCCAGAGGCUUAACAGUGUAUUGAGAAAAACUUUGUCUGCCAAAACAGAGGCGGUCCAGACUGUGCUUUCAGAAGAGUGUCAGAGUAGAGUUAUGUUUCAUGCAGAAUCACUUCAAUAUCGCCUGCCUAAGCUCACAAAGCGAAUGAAGAAGAUGUGUGCAGCUCUUAUGGAUAAGAGUUCAUUCUCAGAUUUAGUAGAGAAUCUUGACCAGUUUACAGGUGAUGUCAUUGUCUCUGUACUUGAGCUGCAAAACUUAACAUUUAAUCAGGCUGCAGAGAAGGAAAAGCAGAAGUCAGAAGUCAAACAUAUUCAUAUGCAGAAACAACGGGCCUUAUCUGAUCUGUUUAAAAGCCUUGCUAAAACAGGUUUGUCAUACCGGAAGGGUCUUGCUUGGUCCCGUUCAAAAGCCUCUCAAGAUAUGCUUUGCCUGCAUCCGCUGGAUCUGCACAGUGCAUUAGCCAUAGUCAACUGUGUACAGGAACUGGAUGCCACGUUGCUGGCAGAGAUCUCUUCUGCGUGGGAUGGAUGCCAGAAGUACUUCUACCAAUGUCUCGCACGCAACUCUAGGCUUCAGACAGCAUUAUUGGCACCUGUUAAGGAAAUUGGAGUUGGUAGCAUUGAGAGAUGUAAAGGAUUUACAGCACACCUUAUGAAGAUGCUUGUUAAACAGAGAAGCUCCCUCACUGCCUUGACAGAGCAGUGGAUAAUACUGAGGAAUCUUCUGAGUUGUAUACAGGAAAUUGAUUCCAGGAUAGAUGCUGCUGGGGAGUAUAAGGUAGCAUUUCCUCCUCAAGAUGGCAUUCAGCAAUGGACGGACAGACUGCAGCAUCUUGCCAUGCAGUGUGUCAUGGUCCUUGAGCAACUGUCUUGGUUUAUACAGUGCUGCCCAAGAGAGCAGUCUUUGUUGUGCAGUGGCGAUGAAAGGACAGCUAUAAAAACACACAUUCUCCAGUGUAAAAGAACCAACCAAAGUCUGGGAAAUGCCCAGAUGGGAAUACCUGACCUGAUUCCAUCAGAGCUAAUAUAUCCGUCUCCAGUGACUGCAGAUCAACUGCCUCCUGGAUCUAAGAUGCGAAACCAGGAUCAGCUGUGGCAGCAGUUGGCUGCUAAAGUGACUGAGAUGCUAGCCGAGGUUAAGGCAAUGAAAAAAGAUGUGGACAAAAUAAGACAACAAUCUUGUGAGACGUUAUUUCAUUCUUGGAAAGAUUUUGAAGUUUGCACUUCAGGACUGAGUUGUCUGUUGAAAGUUUCCUCUCAGUUACAGGGCUUAGAGUCCCUGUUUGUUCUUCCAGAUGUGGAAGGUGGGCAGUAUGCAAGGCAGAUGACAUUAAUCAAGAGCCUAGAAUACAUCCAGGAAGAGGUUAAUAAAACUGCAGUAGAAUUUGCAACCUGGAAAGAACAGCUUCUCACUCCCACAUCAGAUUGUGAUGGGAAUCAAGAAUCAGAUGAAAGUUUUGUAGAGCAUUUCUCAGAGCAAGUAGAAACUGCCAUCCGUGUUGUCCUGUGUGCCAUCCAGUGCUUGGUAGAAAGAAAACAGGAACAAGGAAAGGAGAAAGAAAACUCCCCAGAGGAAGAUGAGGAUGCCUCAGCUGACAGACUAAAAGCCGGGCAUUUAACUAAACUCUUGGAUGAAGACCUCUCUGCUGAUCUGAGUUCUUUGCAUAUGCAGAAAAUCAUUUCGGCCAUUUCAGAACUCUUGGAGAGACUGAAAUCUUAUGGAGAAGACUGCACGCCAGAUAAACGCAAGUUCUUCAAUCAGUCCUGCUACUUGCUGGUGCGUCUGUUGCCUAUGCUCUGCAAGUAUUCAGAUCUUAUCCUCUUCUACCUCACGGUUUCCUUGACAUCUCACAGGAGUACUGGGAAAUUGCUUUCUGUUUUAACUAGUAUAUUCACAGAGCUUGCUCAAAAGGGAUUUUGUCUGCCUAAAGAAUUAAUGGAAGAAGCAGCAGGGGAAGGAGCAACAGAGUUCCAUGACUAUGAAGGUGGUGGCAUUGGAGAUGGGGAAGGCAAGAAGGAUGUGAGUGACAAAAUAGAAAAUGAGAACCAGGUAGAAGACGCUCAGCAAAAUGGGCAAGAAAAGGAGAAAGAAGAUCCAGACUCUAAACCAGAUAUUGAAGGAGAGGACAAUGCAAUUGAAAUGUCGGAGGACUUUGAAGGGAAAAUGCAUGAAGGGGAACAGGACAAGAAAGAAGAGGAUGACAAAUCAGAUGAAGAUGAAGAAUUGGAUAAGCAAAUGGGAAAUCUUGGUGAUGCUGAAGCUGAUAAACUGAAUGAGAGGCUCUGGGGAGAUGAUGAUGAAGAGGAGGAAGAUGAUAGUGGUGACAAUAAAACAGAAGAAAUGGGACCAGGAAUGGAUGAGGGUGAUUCGGAGCUUGUGGCAAAAGAUGACAACUUGGAUGCAGGCAAUAAAAAUGAUGACAAAAAGCAGCCACUGAAGGAUGAAAAGAAAGAGGAGCAAGCAGAGGAUGGUGGAAACCAAGAGAAAGUCCAUGAGCAAAUUGAUGAGCGGGAGUAUGAUGAAAAUGAGGUGGAUCCCUAUCAUGGCAAGCAAGAGAAGCAGCCUGAAGUUGAAGCUUUGGACCUUCCUGAUGACUUAAACCUAGAGAAGGAAGAGGAAAAGAGUGAUGAGGAGAAUGAAGGAGAAGGGGGAGAGAAUCCUUUUGAUAUAGAAGAAAAACCAGUGGAUUUAAAUGGGAAAGAUAAAAAUGAAGAGGAUAGUGAAGAUGGAGGCAGAGAAGAUCAAGAUCCAGGGCUAGCAGAAGAUAAAGGAGAGGGAGAAGAUGGGGGAGAUAAAGCAGAGGAAGAAGAUGAGGAAGAGAGAGAAGCUGCUGACCAAGAAGAAGGAAAUAUAGAAAGACCAGAGGAAACCACAGAGGAAGAGGUACAGCCACCAAAAGAAGACAAAAAUGAAUCUGCUGAAGAGGAGAUGGAGAAAGGAGUACUUACUGCUGAUGAAGGUCUUCAGCCCCAGGAAGAAGAGGAUAAAGACGAUCCUGAGAAGGAUGAACGACUACCUGAGUCUGCAGAGAGAAUGGAACAUGAAACACUAGGGCAGACAGGAGAAGAAAAUUUGCAGAGUGACACAGCUGUUGAGCUGGCUGGAGCAGCUUCAGACAGAGACCAGGCUAAGGAGGAACAUGGGACUGGAUCUGCUGAUGCAUGUCAGUCAGAAGGCCAUGAAUCCCAGCUAAUGGCACGAUUGGCUUCUCAGAAACAAAGCAGAAAAAAUACUCAGAGUUUCAAGAGAAAACCUGGUCAAGCUGACAAUGAGCGCUCAAUGGGGGAUCACAACAAGCAUGUCCAUAAACGACUGAGAACUAUAGACUCUAGCAGUGAAGCCAAGCAGAAUACAGCUCAGCCUGAACAAGACAUGGAAAGUGCUGAUGCCUUUGAACACAUUAAGCAAGGCAGUGAAUCCUAUGAUGCACAGACAUAUGAUGUAGCCAGCAAAGAGCAGCAGAAACCUACUCUGCCUCUCAGUGAUGAGAAGGAAGAGGUGGAUUCUGAAGAUGCAGCCAUGGAAACAGAAAUGCAGAACAAUGAGGAUUUGAAAGCUGUAGACAUAGAAGAACUGAAGCCUGAAGUAAAGAAGUCUGGGAUCACUAAAAACUCUGGUUCUGAUGAAGCAGAGUUGGAGAUGCAGGAUCUCACAGAUUCUUCUGAGGAUGUCAAAGAUUCUUCAAUAAACAAGCAGCCACAGGCAUCAGAAGAGGAUCCAGAGAGAAGUAAAAACUCUACCAUACACACAGCCCAUCGGUAUUUGAUGGAUCCCGCAGUCCAGCCCAUCAUUACAGACCCUGAAGAGCUGAGACAGGAACUGGAAAGACAACUGGAAGCUUGGCAAACUCAGCAGCCUGGAAGCCCAGAUGAGGAAAGGGCAGCAGCAGAGAUGUGGCAGAGGUAUUUGGUACUGACAGCUCCUCUUUCACAACAGCUGUGUGAACAGCUACGACUUAUAUUGGAACCCACUCAGGCAGCCAAGUUGAAAGGUGAUUACCGAACAGGAAAAAGGCUAAAUAUGCGCAAAGUGAUUCCCUAUAUUGCCAGUCAGUUCCGAAAGGAUAAGAUCUGGUUGCGAAGGACCAAGCCCAGCAAACGACAGUACCAGAUUUGCUUGGCCAUUGAUGACUCAUCCAGCAUGAUAGACAACCACUCCAAACAGCUUGCAUAUGAAUCCUUGGCAGUUAUUGGAAAUGCACUGACUCUUUUGGAAGUGGGACAAAUUGCUGUUUGUAGUUUUGGUGAGACGGUUCAGCUACUGCACCCAUUCCAUGAGCAAUUCAGUGACGAGUCAGGAACACGGAUACUGCGUCUCUGCAAAUUUGAGCAAAAGAAAACUAAGAUAGCUCAGUUUCUAGAAUCGUCAGCAAAGAUGUUUGCUGCAGCACAGCAGGUGUCCCAAAGUAUCAAUCCAGAAACAUCUCAGCUGCUAUUGAUUGUAUCAGAUGGAAGAGGCCUUUUCCUAGAGGGCAAGGAACGAGUGACAGCAGCAGUUCAUGCAGCUCAAAAUGCCAACAUCUUUGUCAUUUUUGUAGUACUGGACAAUCCAAACUCACGGGAUUCCAUUUUGGACAUUAAAGUACCAAUAUUCAAAGGACCUGGAGAAAUGCCUGAAAUCAGAUCGUAUAUGGAAGAGUUCCCUUUCCCAUUCUACAUAAUCCUCAGGGAUGUGAAUGCCCUCCCAGAGACUCUCAGUGAUGCACUCCGACAGUGGUUUGAACUCGUGACUGCUUCAGACAGCUUGUAGAAUUUAGCUGUCUGAAUUUGUGAUUGCUGCUAAAUGACUGAAAUGUGAUUGUGUUUGUUCAGUGACUUCCUGAGGCCUCUUUCUAAACCAGGAUUAAUAUGCAGGAAUUGCCUUCUGAAAUCCAGAGAGCCUAGAAAAGAAAUCUCUAAGUGCUCCUCUCCCCCAUUUACCAGUGCAGAAGACUAUGCAAUGGGGAAACUUUGUUCACUUCUUCCUUUGCCUAACCCCAUCAGCAAUGCAGAUCCUUCCUCAGCCUCUGCUGUAAUAAUUUAUUAUUUUUAAAAUUUCUAUUUGUCAUCUUCAUAUCAUAGUGCCAGGGAUGUCAGACUCCCAGGGCCUCACAGGCAAGAUCUGGACCCAUGACUUGUGGCAGAGCAAGCAGUGACAUUGUUAACCACCACAGGUUCCUGAGCCACAGGGAUUAACUCACUUGUCACUCACCCCUCUGCCACCAACACACAUCUCCAACAG